AACCCGGAUGCUGAUGCUGACUGAUGAGGAGCAGGAAGCUAGAGAGGGAGGAGGAGUAUUUGAGGGUGGGGGGGUAAAAAGAGAAAGAGGAGCGGGGGUAUUACGGGCAGCGGCGGAGCGGAAGAAGAAGAAGAAGAAGAAGACGAAGAAGAAGAAGACGAAGAAGAAGAAGAGGACACUCCUGUCGGGGCCGGGGAGGGGUGAGCCAAAGUGUGCACCGGAUAUUGGAAAACCCAUUCUUCUUGCCGAUGCUGUUGUGAUAAUAGAUUAUUAUCCGGACGACGUGCGUGCUUUCGCGCGAGAAGAGGAAACACCGGGGGAGAAAGAAACAGAAAGAGGAGAGGAGAGAGGGGGGGGGGGUGUACGAGCCUGGAAAGGAUGAUGAAAACAUUUUUUGGACGGUAGCAGCAGCGAGGAGGAAGAGGAGGGUGGUGGUGUGGAGGGCGCGGGGUGGGGGGGGGGGGGGGGGUCCCUGAUAUCGAUCACAGAAUGGAUUCAAUCAGGAGCAUUCUGUCUCGGGAUAUUUGAGACCCUGCUCUUACAGGAAUCAAUCUGUGGCCGAUGCGUACAGCCCGACUGAGACCUCUCCUUUCUGCCUCCACUUGGAGCCGGCUGCAGAAGAUACACAUCAAUUAGCUUUAAACUACUGUUAUUUAUAGUGUGGCAGGACGGCGAGGCGGGGUGUGGGCUCAGCGGGACUCUCUCUAUACCUCCCCCCCAGCAUCGCUGGGCAAUCGGUCAAAAGCCUCACGCGUCCUUCUGGUCGUUUUGACUCCGGAUGAUGCUGCACUCCGCGCCGCCCUGAGAGAGACGCAAAACCCCGUUCGAAGAAGAAGAAGAAGAAGAAGAAUCAGAGGACCCAGGGAAACACUCUAUUCUAAGCCCGCACGUAGCUAUAGGAAACCGGGCCGGCGCUGGAGCCGCUGGCCGCAUGACAAACAAGUGCACGGGAGUCGCCUGCAGGGCCCGCCGUUAGAAUCACGACCGGUUCCUGCGCGCCUCCGCCCGGCCGCCUGGGAUGUGCGUGACGGCGCCACGCACAGGAGCAGAACGCGACCCGCCUCACAUCCGGAGAGUAGCAUUUCAGGAUGAGCAGCAAGGAGCUGACGGUGGGCCCGUCCAACCAGUACGUGGGGCCCUACCGGCUGGAGAAGACCCUCGGGAAGGGACAGACGGGGCUGGUGAAGUUGGGCGUCCACUGCAUAACGGGACAGAAGGUGGCCAUCAAGAUUGUCAACAGAGAGAAACUCUCUGAAUCCGUCCUGAUGAAGGUGGAGAGAGAAAUAGCUAUUCUUAAACUAAUAGAGCACCCUCACGUUCUGAAGCUGCAUGACGUCUAUGAGAAUAACAAAUAUCUGUAUCUGGUUCUGGAGCAUGUGUCCGGCGGAGAGUUGUUUGACUACCUGGUGAAGAAGGGCAGGCUCACCCCCAAAGAGGCCAGGAAGUUCUUCCGACAGAUAAUCUCCGCCCUCGACUUCUGCCACAGUCACUCCAUAUGUCACAGAGACCUGAAGCCAGAGAAUCUUCUGCUGGAUGAGAAGAAUAACAUCAGGAUAGCAGACUUCGGUAUGGCCUCGCUACAAGUUGGGGAUAGCCUGCUGGAGACCAGUUGUGGGUCCCCACAUUAUGCUUGCCCAGAGGUCAUAAGGGGAGAGAAGUACGACGGGCGCAGAGCCGAUGUUUGGAGCUGUGGAGUCAUCCUCUUUGCUCUUCUAGUCGGUGCCUUGCCCUUUGACCACGACAACCUGCGGCAGCUUCUAGAGAAAGUGAAGAGCGGCGUGUUCCACAUGCCCCACUUCAUACCUCCCGAGUGUCAAGCUUUGCUUAAAGGAAUGAUAGAAGUCAACCCCGACAAGAGGCUUACGCUAGAAGCAAUACAGAAACACUCCUGGUACCAGGGCGGCCGCAACGAGCCGUGCCCGGAGCAGCCGCCGCCUCGACGCGUGUGCGUGAAGAGGAUCGUGUCCUUGACGGACCUGGAUCCUGACGUCCUGGAAAGCAUGUACUCCCUGGGGUGCUUCAGAGACCGGGUCAAACUCACGCAGGACCUUACAAGUGAGGAGGAGAACCAGGAGAAGAUGAUCUACUACCUCCUGUUGGACAGGAAGGAGCGAUACCCGAGCUGCGAGGACGAGGAUCUGCCGCCCAGAAACGACCUCGACCCGCCCAGGAAGCGCGUGGACUCCCCGAUGCUGACGCGUCAUGGUCGCUGUCGUCCAGAGAGGAAGAGCCUGGAGGUCCUGAGCGUGACGGACCAGGGGUCUCCCACCCCGCCUCGCAGGGCGCUGGACACUAAUGCACACAGCCAGAGGUCCCGUUCAGUCAGUGGAGCGUCCACAGGUCUGUCCUCCAGUCCUCUCAGCAGUCCCAGGAGCCCAGUCUUCACUUUCAGCCAAUCAGAAGUCGCCUCUGCUUCCUCCUCCAAAGACCCCAAACCAGGAAGUGCCACCACGUCUAGGCCCACCCGCCCGCCACCCGACCCCAAAACACAGACCCUGCCCUCCAAGUGCCCCGCUGACCGGCCCCACCUCCACUCCAUGAAGUCCCUCCCACUCGGGACGCCACGCUCCCCUUCCCCAUCCCCCUCGCCACUCCUCUCCCCCGUCCCGCGCUUCUUCAACUUCCCCUCUCCGUCCGUCUUCAAGUCCAAGAACAUCCACUCGUCCUCUAACUCCUCUGGUGCCCCUCCCCCUGUGUCGCAGGUCACGCCGCAGGGCUCGCCGCUGCCCACCCCGCUGGGCACGCCCGUGCACCAAAUCCACCACCCUUCCUCCACCACCCCCCCCUCCUCCUCCUCCUCGUCCUCUUCCUCCAGGGCGGACGGGGCCGGCGGGGCCUCGCUGUCGCUGACGCCGCCCUCCAGCCCGGGCGGCAGCGGCGGUCUGGCCGCCUCGAGCUCCGCCCACUGGAGGACGAGGCUCAACUCGUUCAAAAACAACCUGCUGGGCUCGCCGCGCUUCCAUCGGCGCAAACUGCAAGUCCCCACUUCAGAGGACAUGUCCAGUUUGACACCUGAAUCCAGCCCAGAACUGGCUAAGAAGUCGUGGUUCGGUAACUUCAUCAGCCUGGAGAAAGAGGAGCAGAUCUUCGUGAUGAUUCAAGACAAGCCGCUCAGCUCCAUCAAGGCCGACAUCGUGCACGCUUUUCUCUCUAUCCCGUCCCUCAGCCACAGUGUGGUGUCUCAGAACAGUUUCCGGGCAGAGUACAAGGUGUCCGGCGGACCCUCCGUCUUCCAGAAGCCUGUCAAGUUCCAAGUGGACAUUGCGUUCUCUGAGGGGGACGGCGAGCGAGAGAGGGAGCCGGCGGAGAGGGACGGAAGGCGAGAGAUGGGCAUCUACAGCGUCACCUUCACGCUGAUCGCAGGUCCCAGUCGCAGAUUCAAGAGGGUGGUGGAAACCAUUCAGGCUCAGCUCCUGAGUACUCACGACCAGCCUUCUGUGCAGGCACUGGCUGGCCCCUCAGACGAGAAGAACGGUCAGCUCUCCCGCCAGCCCAGCACCCCGUCGCGCCAGAACUCCCGGCGUUCCGAGAGCGGGUCCGAGCGGGGAGAGAAGGAGCGCGCGGCGGACGCUGGGGGCGGAAGCGGGGGCUUAAGCGGGGGCACCUUGCAGAGGGGGGGCUCAGGGAAGGACAAGACCAGACUGCUCUCGUCGUCCAACGGGACGCAGUCCCACCCCUGAAAGGGAUGUUGUGCGGAAGAGAGGCGAGGAUCAUCAGCCUGGCAUUUUUCCUCUUCCCUCCCUCAAUCCUUACCACAGUCCUUCCUUCCCUAUUUCCUUGCCUCCUGCCUUGCUUCCUACCAUUAUUCCAAAGCCACGGGACAGAGGAUGGGAAAGCUCUUCCUUGAAGCUGAAGGAGUAGAGCUGAUUCAAGGACAGCUUCACCAUAGCGGCGGGACGAGCCAGACGACAGGAUUGUUCCACGCGACCAGAGAAAUGCAAGAAACGCUCACAGCCAGGAAAAAGGUUAACCACCCAUUCUAACGAAUUGAGAAAGCACAUGACCUUCCCAUUGACCAAUCACGCAACACGGGAUUCAUAACCAACAGCAGACCUCCACUAGGUAGUUGAAAUGGCAAGGGAGGACACUGGCCAAUGACAGAGCCCCUUAAGUCGUUCUCUUUUAUCAUUUUCUGACCAACUGAUGACAUGGAUCAUCACCUCAACACCACCUGACCACACAUGUUGAGUCACAUGACCAGGAAACCCGCUCUCCACUCUUCUCACUCUUUAACUGGAGACAUAGGCGUGUUCUCAAGCAAAGCAGCAAAAGGUGUCCGACUUUUAAGAAAGCAUCACAGGGAGAGUAGUGAUUUGAAGUUGAUUGUUAAAUUCUGCUUGCUAAUCAGCAAACGGAAUGCGCUUACUUAACAAUCAAGGCGCGUUGAUAACAGAGAAGGAAAUGACGGGGCAAAGAGUCGACGCGUGGCGUGGGACCGACAGACCAGCUUUUCUUUGGGUGUUUAAGAAGCAUACAUCCCAUAAAUUAUUUCCGAAUAACACUAACAAAGCUAUGAUACCGUGUUGCCUUUAAUGGAGGAGAGUAAGUGGAUAGAUAGUUAGAUUUAGCCCCAUUUUGAGGACACUAGUCACAACACACGUAGAAUGUCUCGCAAGUGAAAAGUCCCAGCAGAGAAAGGAGGUGCUGAAUAGAUAGAUGGACUAUACAGAGGAGAGGUAGCAACAGGUAUCCAUUAGGUAGCCAAGGAAGGACAAAAAAAAACUUACAGCAUCCAAAACCAAUGUAGGGAAAGCAGUAGAAAAAAAGACUCUUCAAGUCCAUCAAAUUCCAGUAAUUAAAGGUGAUGGAAAAAGUGGUAUUAAAUUGAAGAAGCUGAUCAAACCGGACUUCCGUGCUUUUUAAACCCACAUUAGUCAACUAAAAACAUUUACUAUGUCGCUUUACUUUUGUCAAUGGACGCAGGUGGAUGCAGGGCGAAGCCUAAGCCCUAAACUAAAGCCUCUGUCUCCUCUUUGAAAGGCGAGGGGCAGAUGGAGAUGAAAAAAUGCUGUUCUUGUGAGGAAAGCCAGAUUGCUAGAAGGACAAAAGAACUCUGGCGUGUCUGUUGUCAUAAAACACUGCACAAAGACAGCUGGGGGGGCACACCUAAAGAAUGAAAUCUGUCUUGUUUUAUUUUUUACUUUCUAUACCUUCUUUUUUCUACUCGGCUCCUUGUCUUUUUCAUGUUUUCAUGUUUGCCACCAGCAAAGUAGAUGGCGGCGCCAACCAUGUGAAUGUCAAAAACUCUUGAAAUGAUUCCAGGAGUGUAAACAUUUUUGUUCCUAUAUUUAUUGAAAUUGCAUUUAUUUAUUUUAUUUGUAUUUGUUGAAAGUGUAAUAUAUAUAUUUCUUUUUUCAUGGAUGGAAAAAGCUGGCUGAGGACAGAGAAAUGUCACCUUUAAGAAGUCUGACUUUACAAAGCAAACCAGUUUUAUAUUGAGAAAAAAAACUGUAAGGCAACUCAACUCUUUCUUCUUUAUGAUUCUGAAAAACUUGAUGCUGCAAAAAUACCUCCACAGCUUUACAUCGUGUCUUUACCUGCUACCCUUUAGUUCAUUUAGUGGCCUACGGUUGGCUGCUAUGGCAGUUUACAUUCCUACGACGCUACACCAAUAUUUCACCUUGACACACACAAUGUCGCUCAGUUAAGCUCUAUGUGGACGUUUAUUUAGCAUUUAGAUGAAAUGCUCCAAGCAGAGGAUAUUUAUCAGUGUUGAGUUAUUUACUCCUUGGGGCGCUUGUCCGUUUGAUUUAGUUUAGGCCCACCUAACGAGCGCUAAGCUACUGGCCACUCUCCAUGCUGAGGUUUCGCUAUGAAGCCAUAAUCAAGCGGUAAUAAUAGUAGCGUGAUGCCUAAUCUUCACUCUCUUGUCCUGCCGCUGGAAAGCGCAUUGCUUUCGCUAAAACAGUGUCAACUUUGACACAGGUGUAGUAAUUAAGCACGGUGGAAUUAACAAUCUUGUUACUGUAGCUAGCUAGCAAACAGCGGGCUUGCUAGCUAGCUCUCUAAUACCUAGCUUAGCAGCUAGCCACCUGUUUUCCCAGAGCUACUUCCCCUCUCUUCCCAGCGAGCUGUAAACCACAUUUUACCGUCACACGAAGACCACUCUUUUGUACCACUAAAAUAACAACGUAAAACUGAAAAUGUCGGAUCUUUUCCUAUUCUAUUUCUUUGGAAAUAUUGCAAUUCAUGAGCCUGUGAACGUCAAUGGUGAUCCACUAACUUUUCCCACAGCACAAUCGUCACGGCAGAUUUCUCCAAUAUGUUGAUUAAUAACUGAUAUACCUGGAAAACUGACACUCCCACCAUUCUCAGCUGUACUUUGUGGUCCCUGAUAACUCGCAAACAAUAGCAUGCGAGUACAACUAAGAGGAUGACAGCAAAUAUAUUUCAUUGUCAUAUUCAUUACCUGUGAAAUACUGUGUUUGUACUUGCCAACUAACACUUCACUGAAACCAUUAAACAUCCCUUAUUGACUUUCAAUAGUCUCCACACCCUUUGCACGCUCACUGCCAGCAAACUGCGUGAAAAAUGGGAAAAUGUGGUUUGCAACUGUCCAGGACAUCCAUUCAAUACUUUAGCUGGACUUUGCCUGAAAAUGUUUUUUUAACAUGUGGCCCUCAUCCACUUCCAUAGUGAACUGCAUGGUGGCCACAGGUCAGGUCUUGGCACGGUUUUGUAUUACUUUUAGCAAGCUUCUAGCAAACUAUUGUCUUGGUGGACAUAAUCAAGAAAGAUUUGAAGUUGCGCUGGUUUAAAUUUUAGAUUGGAAUGUGAUGCCGCCCUUUAUUUUACCAGUCUGCUGCUCAGAUUGGGCCCCUCCAGCAGUGUGGCCUCACACAUCGAAAAAGGAAAGGGGCAGGGAGGCUUAUACCUACAGCCAUAGAUAAAAAGAGAGUGUUAUGUCAGGGGAGAGGCCAGUUAAAGGAUAUGAAUGGGAGGAGAAAGAAAGGCAGCAGCAUACGGCAGGUUUUGCUCUACUUCAAGCAAACUUUGCAUACAAAAAAAGACACAAUGGGAUCCUUUACGCAUUUGCAGCUGAGCGACUUGCAAAACUCUAAUUCAAAGAACUCUCACCCCUCCCUCACUCAUUCCUCCAUCACAGCCCCACCCAUGCGUUCACUAUACAUUUCUACACCCCCUCCAUUCCUCCUCUUUGUAUUUUUUCAAUCCCGCUCCACGCCUAUUCUUCUCCCGGCUGCACAUAUCUCACCCCCUUAUAUAAUCAUCUCUUCCCCUUGUAUACAUUUUAUACGCACCGUAUAUGUUUACACAGAUGCUGUGUACAUUUGAAAACACUAUGCCUGUUUCCAUCUCCAUUGUAUGCCCUCCGUAUUCUAUGUACACUAUGUUUUAUCGACACUGUAGUCACCGUACAAUUCUUCCUCUCAUCGUUAUUGCUCAUUCUUCUUCUGCAGUUAGAAUUGUACGACUAUAAUCUCUUGUAUCCCGCCCAUAUUUCCCUCCACCCCUGUCCCUAAACCCCACUCCCCUAUUUUGUGUACCUCCACUCCAGACAGUGGAAGGAACGAUUUGUGAUGUCAGGAAAAAAUUGAGGGCGGGUCGAGAAAACAGCUAACGCAACAAAUGAUGAUGAUGACAACGACGCAGAGAAAUGUUUGUAGUAUAAUUACAAAAAAAGGAAAAGUGCACUAUUAUGACAAUGAUUAUUAUUGCCUGUGAGAAAUACUGACCAAUAAACAACAAUGGAAAUAUA